AUGACUCUUUUCCUCAUCCUGACAGAUAGCAGCCACGCACUCGGAGCCUGCCAUUGGUCCGCAGCCUACGAAGGCCUAUGCCUAACCAACGAUACGACCGCCACCCCUGCACGUCCCUACACUACCUUCUACCACAACGUAUUUUCCUACGACGUUACCCAGGGUAUCCUCAACUGGCCCAUGAGUCUUUACGGUCGCGUCGAUCCCGUUCCGUCCGCAAUGCGCUUCGAGUACGAGUCUGGGACCAAUCUCGUGAACAUGGCUUUCACGCCCUGGACCGACACAUACCAAGUGGUGUGCUUCGAAGAGGGCAGCGCUAGCAUGUACAUUGCAAUCGCCAAAGAUGAUACUGGCAAGGCCCCUGAUUGGGUUGAUCCACCGAAAAAGGUCAAGAAUUGGUACAUGUGUACUAUGAGGUAUGACGACACGUGGCGGUCGCUGGCAUGGAAGAUAGGUUUUGUGGGCGAGCCGCAAAAUCCCACCUGUUCAAAGGUCGACGUAGUGAGGGUGUGGGUUUGA